UCAGCAAUUUCAUUGGCUAUUUACGCUUAGCGACAGACCAAGUUUCGUAUUAGUCUCAGGCAAACUGCAGCAAGAGCAACAAGAAAUCACGAUGUUCACAAGUCAAUUAAUUCUUGCGGUGAUAAUUUCAUCGGCAAAAAUCGUAUUCGCCGACAUCCUUGUUCAACCCGGUUACGAACAUCAACGUAGCACUUAUCCACAAUAUCAGCCUGUUUUGCAUUAUAAAGUUCCAACUGCGGCCAAACAUUAUGCGAAACAAUUACCAGCCCAACACUUGAACCAAUAUAUUCCGCAAGUUCAGAUAGUGCAGCCCUAUUAUGUACCAGGAGUUUACCAAAACAAAGUUCGAUCAAGUUUGGUAGGAUAUCCACACCAUUCACUGCUUCAUUAUCCUUAUAAUCACUAUAUGACGAAGAAACCUACCAGCAAGUUGCAUUACAUCAAAUUAGGAGGCCAUGAAUAUGUACGGCCUUCGGUGUUCAUCGCCCAUCCCAAUCCUUUGAUAGCACACUACCGGCGUAAAAGAUCAACCGAUUUUACAAACGUCAAAUCCACCGAACCCGCGAUCGCUACACAUGAUGUGGCCCCGAAGCCGUCCCUAAUCGAUAUCGAAUAUCCUACGGCCAUCGACUCGCUGCUUUUGAAAAAUGAAUCUACCAGUACUAAUGAUAAACAUGUGAAGAACCGUCAAAGCGAUUUUACAACAAAACCGUUUUUAUUCGGCUUGGAUCCGAAUAAGAUGUACUCCAGAUUUCGGAACAAAAAUCUAGACGAAAGAGAGAACGAAACAGAACAUUUGGUUUCCAAACGUCAGGACGCCACUGUAAUUACACCAGUAAUUCUCACCCAGUUUACACCAGAUUCUACCAAAACAACAGUAACCGAACCAUCGCAACAAGCGGUGUUAAUUUCCCAGGAAAAAGGAAAAAAUCAAGAACCAUCUCGUACUAAUUACGAAAAUACAAAUCUUACUCCUAAUGUGCCUUCUACAAAUUGGGAACAAUCUUCGAGCCCGAUAACUACAUCCCAGAUACAGUCGCCACAAGAAGAAUCGCGCGAGGAUUAUAUCAAAUAUUAUACCAACUAUGGCAACACAUACGCGUACACUUUGCCGAUGACGUCAAUAGCAUAUCAGCCAACAAUACCAUUCGCAUCUAAGUAUUGGCCAAAUUAUAUAACAUACAAUGCCAACAUGUAUCCGAGUAAGAGGACAAAAUACCUGGAUCAGCAGAAUACAUCCAAUUAUCCAAUCAUCCAUCAAACAUCCGAUCAGAAAUCUUCGCAGGAAACUACAAAUAUCGGCGCAACCAACACAGCUCAACCAAAACAAGAGUUGUUUACACCAAUACAUCUCUGUGCGGGUGGUGUUCCGUGUUCGACAAGUAACAUAGAAAUUAAAAAACCGCCUACCGAGGCCAUACCAAGUACGCCUACAACAACUCCAGCAUCAUAUUAUACAUUUACCCAGUACAGAAACAACGAGGUGCCUUCAAAAAGCGAGAUAAUCAGUGCGCCAUAUUCUGGCACAUCGCAAGCUUUUUACACAAUUCCGAACGACUACACGUAUAUGUAUUAUUAUUUGAAUGAUUAUCUGAAAGAUAAUCUGGACAACUCAGUGAUCGAUUAUCAAGACUAUGACUAUAACGACAAACCUACGUAUCUGACAGAUGGUUUCAAUAUUUACAUGACAAAAAAUCCCGCGUAUUCAAGCAAUGUUCCUUCAUACAAAAUUCCUCGCAACAUGUUUUACGGAAAUAUCAAUGCUCGAAGUAAUGUAGCACCGAUAACGUACGUCGUUUCGACUUCAUCGAACGUACCGCAAAUGCAACUUUCAAGCGCAUACUAUUAUCCGAAAAGAGCGAGAAAGGCGUACGCUUUUUACGAUCCUCAACGUAAUAAUGAUUAUAAAAAUUAUAAGAUUCGCCCAAAUUUUGCAAAACCAAGGGUAUUUUGGCGCAUGAUUCCGUCACAGGUUUAUUAUUCGUCACCGGUUUAUUCUUAGUAAGAUAUUGUUACAGAUACGACGCUGUUAUCGAUUCGUACCAUAUUACCUUGAAGCAACGAGUCGAUUGACCAUAAUGAUUUUUCAUGAUCCAUUUAUUAUAAUUACUCUAUCAUGCCGCGCAGGCAUAACUUUAUUUAGAUAGAUACACAUGUUUCCCUCAUCAUACUCCGUCCACUCAUUUUAUCAGUAUGAAUAUAAACACUUUUAUAUAUUAUUUUUUAAAUA